GAUCAAUUCUGUAAUCCAUACCCAAUGGAUCUUUUGGUGAAAAGAAAAGUUCAGAAUUUUUCUAAAGAUCAUUAUGAAGUUUUUGAUCCAAGUGGGAACCUGCUCUUACAAAUUGAUGGACAAGCUUGGGGAUUUAACCGUAAAAGAGUUAUGCGUGAUCCAGCCGGUUUCACAAUCCUCUCAAUGCGCCAAAAGGGACUUGCGUUGAAGAACAAGUGGGAAGUGCAUGGAGGAGAAAGCAAAGAGAGGGAAGACUUGCUCUUCACGGUACAACAAUCUCAAGCAGUUUCAUUGAAAACAUCCGUGGAUGUUUUCUUGCCUGAGAACAACAAUGUCAAGAAGAGCAACACUUGUGAUUUCCAUGCUUCAGGAGGAUACUCCAAUAUCUCAUUCAAAGUUUUCAAAUCGGAUGCUCUCAUCGCCGGGGUAACACAUAAGUUUACAUGGGGAAGUUUCUGCAAAGGGAAAUAUAAUUUUAAGGUGAGAGUAAAUCCAGAGGUUGAUUAUGCUUUUAUCAUUGCUUUGCUUGUUAUGGUCGAUGACAACGAGAACUGGUGUUAGUAUAAUGUCUGUCCUCAAUCUCUUUGUUUAGUGGUUCCUUUCACAAUUUAUUGUUGUAUGCAUAUGUGUUCAUUUCUCAAGAUAUAUGUUUGUAAGAAUAUUUUUUCCAUGUAACGUGCAAAAUCUUGCUAGUCCAAAUGUUUAUCUUUCAUAAAAACGUGCAAUCAGA